AUGACCAGGCAGCUUCGUUCUCGAGCAUCCCGUCUAAACUAUGCAACACUGUUUCAAUACGAAGACGGCGACGGCGCAGGGCCUUCCAAUCCAUUUGUGGAUGAAGCGGACAGCGGUAGUGACUUCGCACCUGAGGCCAACGAGGCUCAGGAGGGCGAGGGAGACGCCAUGGCCGAGGACGUUGAGGAACAGGAGCAAGAGCUUAAACUCGUCUCGGAUUCUGACCAUGAGCGCUCUGUCAUAGGGCCAGCUGGAACUAGCGGGGGACACAGUGCACCAGCUGCGAAACCGAGGAAGACGGUGUCUCUACCUCCCGGAUUGUCUCGUACAGCAACUCGCCAGCAAUAUGCUCUCCCAGCUCUUCCUGGUGUUCAUCACCGUCACAGAGCUGUUGCGCUCUAUCGAAGGGACUCUCCGGUGGAGCGCCUUGCAAAGGCUCCCAUGCCUUUUGCCCCUGAUACAACAGUCCUUACCAAAAGCUCGACCGCCGAUUCUGUUGUUGCUGAAAGAGUCGGCAAAUCUUGGGGCUUCAAUGUUGGCCCUGGGCCUCUGUGGGAGCUCAUGGAGGACAGAGGGUGGUUCAAGGAGGAAAUAAAAGGCGACGGAGAAGAAAAGGAACUUAAUCGAAGGCCGAGGGUGUACGAGUCGAUUAAGGUGGAUGAUUAUGAGGUGCUCAACCUUCAAGAGGCUGCACCAUACUUGCCAAAUGAUGUGGUCGCAGAUAAAGACGUCCUCAACGCCCCAUCAUCCAUAACCUGUUCAUUUGGACCUUUUGGUCAGCAAACACGCGUGGAAAUGAAGAUGUUUGAAGCGCAAAAAAUUGCGGACUUCAUUCCGGGCAGCAAAUCCCAUGUCUUCAAUGCAGGGACACCAGUAUGGGCAUUAGACUGGUGUCCGAUCCAUCCUGACGACCGUUUUCGCAAAUCCCAUAAACAAUAUCUAGCAAUCGCUCCGUUUCCCUCACGCGCACAUUCUCCGUCAAUUGGAGUGCGGGCGACACGACCUUCACAUGCAUGUAUCCAGAUAUGGUCGCUAGCUCCUUCACGGGAUGCAAUGGAAGUCGACGACGAGGACUCUACGAGCAAAAACACCGAGGACGAUCCCGGAGAGAUGAAGUGCGAAAUGCUGCUAUGCCUGGAUAGCGGCCCGGCGUAUGAGCUCAAGUGGUGCCCGCUACCUUCGAACGAUGCAUGUGAGAAUUCGCAGUUACACAGUGGCCAGUCUGGUCCGCGCAAACUUGGGAUCAUCGGCGGUACCUUCGAGGACGGCUCGUUUUCGCUGUAUGUUGUUCCGGACCCCGCAACUUUAGUCUCUUACAAUGAAGGAGACCAUGGUACUGGCCCAUUAUUCAUAAGGUUAUCCAAGCCACUGUUGCGCAUCGAGUUGGAAGAGACUUUGUGCUGGGCACUAGACUGGGCAAACAGUGAAGUCGUUGCCAUUGGCUGCACGAAUGGAUCCAUUGCAGUAUUCAAUGUUUCCCAAGCGCUCAAAAGCCCGGGCGAAAUUGUCCUUCCCACGCACUACUUCUCCGUUCACCAGUCUGCCAUUCGUGCACUGGCGUGGAUCCGCGUGCCAGGCGUUUCCGCGGACGUAAAGCCCGCCGCUACUGACCCUACUGUCGUCGCGAGCGGCGGCUACGACGGUGUGGAGUGCCUCACCGAUAUCCGUGAUCUCGCGGGAAACAUAAUGAACAGGACAAGAGAUGUCAUCAACUCGCUGUGCUACUCACCCUACUGUGGCGGCCCGAUCACCAUCGACCACGAGAACAUCGUGAAGACAUACUCGAUUUCGCCCAGCAUGCUUGGGCGGGGACGCACGCUCCUUGAGCCCGACGGUCCUUCUUGGAGCCUUGGCGCGUCCGACUACCAUCCGCAGCUUGCAGUCGGUGUAACUGAUGGCAGCUGUCUUACUACAAACACGCUUAGGUCUACUAGGCGGGGAGGGAUGGUUCCGUUCCUUGUGCACAAGAUAUACCAGCUCGACUACAGCCGAAACACCGGAGAAUACAGGAUGCUCGAGAGAUUCCUUCCCACGGAGAUGCAAGAUCGGCCCACUGCGACGCGCCUCAACAAAGUGGUGCCAGUGGGCACCGGCGCGUGGCCGCCAGAGGUGGGCAUACACCGCGUGGCGUGGAACAGUGGGAACGGGCUGGGGCGCGCCCCGCUCCUUGCGUCUGCGACCGGAUCAGGGCUAUGUCGCGUGGAUUGGCUCUUGGGGAGGUGGAUAAAGAAUCGUAUUCCCUAUUAUGGGAUACAAGGCAUUCGGCAGGAGACGGACAUCGCGGACGAGGACGAAGAAUCGAAUUGA